AUGUAUCAAACGAUCAUUCUAGGAUCUAUUCUAUUAGUAUCGCUUUAUAUUUUAAAGCGUGUAAAGCGUGUUCGCGAGCCAAAAUUAAAUAUGCCCCCUCUUGUUCGUUAUAAAAUUCCAAUUAUUGGUCAUACUUAUAGUUAUUUGUUUAAUUGCGAAGAAUUCCUUAAACAAUGUAAAAAGGAGUAUGGUGGUAUCUAUAGUCUAUAUAUAUGGGGUCGAGUGAUAACAAUUGUUGGAAAGGAAUAUACGCAAGAAGUAUUAUCAAAAGAUGAUGCGUUUAGUUUUACAGAGGCGUUUCACAAAAAAUUCCCGAGUGACUUAUUACUUAAAGGUUUGAGUGAUACAAGCAUUACAAAAUUGCUUAAAGAACAUGUUUUUUGUAAAUUAAAUUUUUAUUCUGAACGUAUGCAAAAAAGUCUUUAUUCAGCCACUCAAAAAUAUAUCGAUAUUGGUGAUUAUGAUGAAUCAAAGGUUUUUAAUAAUAUGCAUCAUUUAAUAACUAGAAUUAUUUCUAAUACCAUUGCAAAUAUUUUUAUUGGUGAAGAGGAAUCACAAUAUGAGGAAAUAAUAACAACAUUUGCAGAAUUUACAAGUGAUUCAGUAAUAUUUUUAAUGAUCCCACCAAUCCUUGAUUUUAUUUAUCCAGGACUCCAAAAUUAUAUCAAUCGUAUUAUCAUAAAAUCAGGAUUAUAUAAUCCAACAAUUAAACAUCAAGCUAUACUAAUUAAGCAUAUUAAAAAUCAAGCUUGUAAACGUUUACAAGAGAAAGAAAAGUAUGGAGAUUCUUGGAAGCGUCCUGAUGAUUUCCUUCAGGAUAUUAUGGAACAAGAUGGCUUUGAUUCUAAUAAUGUUAAUUAUUCAUCAUUAGCAGAUAAAAUGGGUGCAUUAAUUUUUGUAUCAGUUCGUACAACAUCGAGAAACUGUACGAAUGCUUUGAUAGAUUUAGCAUCUCGACCUGAAUAUAUGCAAGAAUUAUAUGAAGAACAAUUAGAAGUUCAUAAAGAAGCGGAUAAAAAUGGCAUACUUCCUUUUGAAGCUCUUAAUGAAAUGAAGAAAUUAGAUAGUUUUAUUAGGGAAUCAUUAAGAUUAACAGGAUUUAUAGCGGGACUUCAACACAGUGUAUUAAAAGAUUAUACAUUCUCUAAUGGAUUACAAGUACCAAAUGGUCAUUCAGUUGAAAUAUAUUUUGAUGAUAUUCAUCAAGAUGAAUUGUUACAAGGUCCAAAUCCGAAAUCAUUUGAACCAUUUAGACAUGUAGAUGCAAAUGUUCCUGCGUCAAAAAUUGGUAAAAAUUUUAUAUUAUUUGGAGGUGGUAAACACGCAUGCCCUGGAAGACAUUUUGCUAUAAACGAAAUCAAAUUUUUUAUGCAUAACGCUAUUUUGAAAUAUAAUUUCCGUACAGAAAGUGGUAAAAUCGAAGAAAAAAAGAGGAUCGGUCCAUUGACAAUUCCAAGUUCUUGUGGAAUUAUUUUUGAAAAGAGGGUUAAGUGA